AUGCCUGAGAUACUUCGUGAUCUCUCUCCAGAAGAACUCUCAGAAUGCGAAAAGAAGCUGAAGCGCAAAAUUGAUAUGCGACUCCUACCAACCUUGAUCAUCAUAUAUGUGAUGAAUUAUCUAGAUAGGAACGCGAUUGGUGCGGCGCGUUUAGGUGGCCUAGAGAAGGAUUUAGGCUUGAAGGACAACGAAUUCCAGACAUGCGUCUCUGUCCUUUUCUGUGGUUACAUCCUCAUGCAAGUGCCUUCCAACAUGUUCCUCAACAAGAUCGGCCGUCCUGCGAUUUACCUGAGUGGAUGCAUGGCUGUUUGGGGUGCUCUCUGUGCUUGUAGUGGCGUCGUACAUAAUUUCCACGGUUUACUCGUGACUCGCUUCUUCUUGGGCUUCGUAGAAGCAGCUUUCUAUCCUGGGUGUCUUGCAACGCUUAGUGCCUGGUACAUUCGGAAGGAGUUGUCAAUAAGAACCGGUCUUUUCUACUGCGGAUCCAUGCUUUCGGGGGCUUUCUCAGGUCUGAUCGCCGCAGGCAUCAACAGCGGCCUCAAUGGUGCUCGUGGUCUGCUUUCCUGGAGAUGGAUCUUUAUCAUUGAGGGCUCCAUCACCGUCGCCAUUGCUAUCGCUGCUUUCUUCAUUUUACCAAACUAUCCGGCAACCACCAAAUGGCUUACACCGCAAGAGCGUGCUUUGGCCAUGUGGCGUCUGGAGGUUGAUGCAGCUGGAGAAGAAGAUUGGGUGGAUUCUUCCUCACAGCCUAUAUUCGAUGGCUUCAAGAUGCUGAUGAAGGAUCCUAAAAAUUGGAUCUUGGUAGUCGUAGUGUAUGGAGCUGCAUCUGCCAUUGCCAUCAACGCGUUCUUUCCGACCGUGGUCGCCACCCUUGGCUACGGCAAAACGGAGACUCUCUUGCUAACCUGCCCGCCAUAUCUACUAGCAUGCAUUGUCUGCGCAGCCGUAUCGUGGAAUGCCGAUCGAACAAAUGAGCGAUAUUGGCAUACUGUAUGUCCUCUCGCAUGCUCACUUCUCGGUUUUAUUAUCGCGGCUGCAGCCACACAGACUGGUGCUAGAUAUUUCGGAGCCAUGAUCAUGAUUCCUGGCAUCUACACUGGCUUCAAUAUGUCAAUGGUCUGGACGGCCAACACGAUUUACCGCCCUGCGGCAAAGAGAGCCGCCGCAGUUGCGUUCAACAAUGCAUUUUCGACCAUUUGCAGCAUCUAUGGGAGUUAUCUGUAUCCUAGCGACGGUGGUCCGAGAUUCGUGCUGGCGUUCAGCGUAAAUGCGGGUAUGGCACUCAUGGCGAUAUGUGCUAGCACGGUUCUUCACUUCUAUCUGAAGCGUGAGAAUAGGAAAUUGGAGCAGAAGGAACGAGAAGAGGAGGCCGCUGGCAUUACGAACGUUCCAGGCUCGGGCUUUAGAUAUUAUAUCUAGCGAAACUGGUCAAGAAAGCUCUGCGUAGACAA